AAAUCAGACUAGAGCGUCUACAGCGGCUGUGGCAAGUUUGUUGCCAGGUGUCUCUCUGCACUACACGAACCAGAACCUCGAACCGGUGUUCUGACAAGAUGAGCUUCUUAUUCGGGAAUCGUUCGUCUAAGACCUUUAAGCCGAAGAAGAAUAUUCCAGAAGGUUCUCAUCAGUAUGAGCUGCUCAAACACGCUGAAGCCACGCUGGGAAGCGGGAACCUGCGGAUGGCCGUCAUGCUUCCUGAAGGAGAAGAUCUGAAUGAAUGGGUGGCUGUCAACACGGUGGAUUUCUUUAACCAGAUUAACAUGCUGUACGGCACCAUCACAGAUUUCUGCUCGGAGGACAGCUGCCCCGUCAUGUCCGCAGGACCGAAAUACGAGUAUCAUUGGGCAGACGGGACCAACAUUAAGAAGCCUAUUAAGUGCUCUGCUCCCAAGUACAUUGACUACCUGAUGACUUGGGUUCAAGACCAGUUGGAUGACGAGACCCUGUUUCCUUCUAAAAUAGGUGUUCCCUUCCCCAAGAACUUCAUGUCUGUGGCCAAGACUAUUCUGAAGCGCUUGUUCAGAGUUUAUGCCCAUAUUUAUCAUCAGCACUUUGACGCGGUCAUGCAGCUUCAGGAGGAAGCUCACCUCAACACGUCUUUCAAACACUUCAUCUUCUUUGUACAGGAGUUUAACUUGAUCGACCGUAAGGAGCUGGCGCCUCUUCAAGAGCUCAUUGAGAAACUCACAACAAAAGACAGAUAAACUGAGAAAAGAAGUUAAGAAUGAAGAAAAAAGGAUCCUCCUUCUCUCUUCUGACUCUCCCAUGUCUCUUUUGCUUUGUACAGAUGAUUUUAACCGCACAGAACUGCUAGGCCAAGUGUAGUGAAAGUACAGGAUCGGCACAAUACUAAUAGUUGUACAUGAAUCAAACCUGAUGUGUGGCCAUUGAUGACAACAUGAUGCCUGGGUGAAAUGGCUAUGUAUGAUUUUUAGGUCCGUCACAUUUUGGUUACUGAACGGGAGGGGUUUUAACCCAUGAGAAUUGAACUUUGUGCGUGUUAGCGUGGUGCCUGUGCCAUGUUAAAGCAGCGAAUGGGUGAUUCGCUCAUGUUGAAUGUUUAAAUGGUGUUUGAAUCUUCAAUGCUGUAAUCCUGGCAACAGAAAGAUAGAGUUAAAUGGAUAUUUUCCUAUGCAAUAAAGCUCUUGUUAUUUGUCCUUAUUCAUAUUAUUGGACAAAAUUGUUUAUAUCAGAGAUUUAUGGAUGUUUUUCUGAUCUGUGGAUUUAAUAUCGGUCACUAUGAAGGUUUAUUUUAGUUGUGUUUUGAGUACUGAAAUAUGAAUUGUGCAUGCUGGAGUUGCUACUUUUUUCGGGUGGGAUCUUAAGUUAUGCCGUGCGUCAGGGAAACAGAAAAUGUAUGAUAACGACUCUUAGUGUCUGAUAAGACGUUUGUUUUGCACAAGCAACAACCUUUGAAGUUUAAGUUUUCCAUACAACUUGGUUGGCAAACUUUGAUGAGUUUCCUUUGCAUGCAGUUCUGAAAUAUUCAGUGUAUUGGGUGAAUUUCGUAUGAGUUGUUAGGGUUUGAUAUUGAGAAAUGAAGUGUGUGAUCGGAAUUUUCUUCUCUAUGUUCAUUUUAACCCGUUUUUCAUCUCUGUUCUUCUACUGCACUUUUAUAAUUGUGUGUUAGAAAUCCUUUUGUUAGUUUAAGAAUUGUUCCUUUGGACAUUUUUGAAGUUGAAGAAUUCCUAUUGUCUCACGAAUGUAAUCAUUUUAAUUCUAACGGUUUGAACGGUCUAUGCCGUAGUGUAAAAGUGCCAGCUGCUGAUUAAUAUUGGACAUAUUUGAAGUAUUUAUAGAGAGAUUUUUGUCACUGAAAUGAGAAUAUAUUUUCCCUGAAUUGUAAAAUAGUUAGGGUAGAUGAGAUGUAAAUAUGCGAGCUGGCUCAUACAUUAAAAUGAUGGUUCUCCCCAAAAUGAAAAUUGCCAUUAUUUACUCACCCUCACGUUGUUCUCAACCUGUUCAUUUGUUCUACACAAAAGCUGAUUUUUUGAAGAAUGUUUUUGGACCCCAUUGACUUCCAUAGUAUACCCCCCUAGUCCCAACAUUCAACAUUCUUCAAAAUAUAUUUUUGUGUCUGGCAGAAGAAAGAAACUCAUUCAUGUUUAGAACAACACAAGAAUGAGUGAAUAAUGACAAAAUUUUUAGGUUUGGAUGAACUAUCCCUUUAAUACGAUUUCCUGAUACUGUUGUAGUUUACAUUAAUAACAUAAUAUAUCACUAACAGAUGUUAUGAUAUUUUUGCUGUACAUACUAGAGCAAAUAAAACCCUUCUCUAAACA